GAAAAUUUUGAAAGAUUUGGAUUUGGUGUGAAAUCUGGUCGGAUCUUGCUUUGUGCGAUGCGAUGUGUCUUUUUUCAAUACAAAACUCUUUCUCCUUCUUCUUUCCCUCUGUACUCCUCCUCCUCCUCCCUCUCCCAUAACUAAAAACUAGACAAGCAACGCGACUCUCUCUUCCCUUCCAUUCCCUUACCUUCUUCCAAUCUUCUCUCCUAUCCUUGCCUUCCUGCGAUUUUAGGUUUUUGAUUUUUCAUCUGACAAUGGGAAUGGCCACGGAGUCCCGAUUCCACGUGUUGGCCGUCGAUGACAGCCUAAUCGACCGGAAACUAAUUGAGACACUUCUCAGGACCUCCUCCUAUCAAGUCACCGCCGUUGAUUCUGGCAGCAAGGCUUUGGAGUUUCUCGGUUUGCGUGACAAUGAUCAGACCGACCCUGAUAAGCCUUCUGUUUCUCCUCACAGUAAUCAGGAAGUGGAUGUGAACCUUGUUAUUACAGACUACUGUAUGCCUGGCAUGACUGGUUAUGACUUGCUCAAGAAAAUCAAGGAAUCCUCGUCUCUGAGAAACAUACCAGUGGUGAUUAUGUCAUCAGAGAAUGUCCCUUCCAGGAUUAGCAAAUGCUUAGAAGAAGGAGCAGAGGAAUUUUUCUUGAAACCGGUGAAGCCAGCAGAUCUGAAUAGGCUUAGACCCCAUAUGAUGAAGACCCAGAAAUUGAAGGAUCAAGCACAUAAAAGAGACGAAAAGAUUGAAACCCCAGAGAUUCAACUAGCGUCACAAUCACUAGUAGAGCAACAGCAUCAACAGUCAGUGCAGCUAGUCAAUACUAACAAGAGGAAGACCGUGGAAGAGGGGCUUUCCAUUGAAACUGACAGAACAAGAACAAGAUACAAUGGCAUAGCCACUGUGGUCUGAUGAAUCAUGCCAGAUUAUUUUCUCUCUGUUUAAAAUUGGAAAUCCCGUGUAUCUUUUUCGGAGUCUCAUCGAUCCUGUACACAUUUCCUGAAAAUAUUACCUUCCAAUUUUGCUCCUGAAACAUAUCGAUUGAGAAGAAACCGAAGUUGAAACAAGUGGGAAGAAUCAGAUGAUUCUGUGCUUUGGGUAUGCAAACAAUAUAUUUUGCACCCAAGGAUGUUCAUGAGAAUCAAAUUCAAUUGGCAUUAAAGCGAGGAAAUGCUGCAGCGAUCGCUGCAUUGGCAUGAUUCACUCCUCACGAAAUGUCGUUUGGAUUAGGCAUGAACAUCGUAAAUAAUGGGCCUUUCUUAUUAAUGUGGUUUAUUGGCGCUUGUUUGCAUAGUGGAGACGAAAAUUGUCUCUGUGGAAAGCGUCAAAAGUUGCACUCCGGAUGUAUUAUUUUUCGCCUGUGUGAUUCAAGAUUUAAACUUCAUUUCCCCGUUGCUGGUGAAA